UUGCGUGUGACAACAAUUCAACAAUGCUCGAUUGGAUGUCCACAUUCCUCUAUAUACAGGUCCACAAACCAGAAAGUUGUUACCACUUCGAACGACCCAAAAAUCCGUGGCUUCCAGAGAGAGACAUGUACCUCAAGCUUGGCAAGAAGAGGGACUCUCUGUGGAAAUACUUGUUCGACAACGCCCUGAAGACUCCAAAGGACAUCGGUUAUAUGCACCGAAAAGUGAUUGCCAUCCAACAUCUCCAAGGCUACCAUGAGGCGAAGAAUGGUGUAAUUGAAAUAUUCAUAGCGCGGUGUGAGCGUUUGUGGUUCAACAAACAAGAGGACAGACUGCGUGCGAAGACAUGCGCCGAUGAGUUGGAUGCGGGUGAGCACUUCGAUGUGCUUGACAGCGAGGAGGAGACAUCAGACGACAAUAUGGAUCUGCCUAUACCGGAUGCGCAAGAAGAUGUUCAACAGGCGUUUGACGGUGGCGAGGGUCGUCCAACAAUGGAGGGGAUAGAAACAAAUGUCGUGGCAAGUAGGGAGAGCAUUCGUGGUGGGGAGCAGAGGUCGUGUGAACAAGGAAUGCAAGAGAGUGUAGGGAAUGAGAUCCGGGGGCCAGUUGGUGCAUGCAAUGCAAGCAAGAACAACAACAAAGAAGGGUUGCGGCCAGGGACGGCCUCGUUAAGUGGAAAAAAGCCACAUCUCCAAUCCAAAGGCAAGGAAAGCAGUGCCAGAUACCCAGGGAUAUUGACUCAGCUGGACAACAUGUAUGUGAGCAUGGGCCUGUCAAAGAUCCCAAGAGAGAACCAAUAUAAUGUGCCCCUGGAGGAAAAUGAACAGGUUGGCAGAAUGGACGUCAACGCCAUCAAAUUCGCACUCCCGCCCGACGAUGAUGACAAACUGAUGCCAGGAGACACAAUUCGAGAGGACAUGAAGGAGUUCACUGGAGGCCCGCACUUCGUGCAGCACAGUGGGACAGUGGUUGAGACAAAAGACCACCAAUGGGGGCAUCAUAUAUUAUGGCACCCGAAGGUCUUCGAGCCCUGCGUAUGGAACGGGAAAUGGCACAUGGCUGUGUGCAUCGAUGGCCAGUGGCAAUUGCGAAAGCGGGUAUUGAAGAGCAAGUUUUUCGAAAUCGCAGAGGAACAGGUUCAUAUCAAAGUGCGGCAGACAAACGGUGGAUCGGACAGCCUUGCACAAGGAGCAUAUGCCGACACACUUUAUGACAAGUUGCGAGAUCAGAACAUGCUGGAGUGCAACGCAAACACUCAUGACAUUGAAUCUAGUGUGUCGCACGGUCCGAUCCCUUGGAAAUUGCCUAGUCGAGAAGUGCUGCAAGAGUUUGAAGGUGAAAUACGUCUUGGUAACAGUCAGCAAUUGGGACAUGACGGUAUCCACGCUUCGACGAGCACAGCAGGACGUCCAUUCACGAGCUCCGUUCAUAGUGACGAGCAAGUGGAUGAGAGAGGAAUGAUAUGGAAAAAUUUGUGGGCGACAAGGAUGAGUCAAGAAGAGAUAGAGUGCAGGCCGAGCAUCAAUCGUUCCACCCUCCACUGCAACAGGAGGAUUCCGCGGAGGACAAAGAGUCAGCGGAUCGCUUCGCAACAAUGGAAUCUCCCAAGGUUUGCACGGGGUCGGAACCGCAAAUGGUUGCGGAGCCAAUGUCCAUGCAAGGAACUGAGUUGACGAGAGAAGAGUCGGUGCCACACUUGAAGGGGAUAAAAGAUUUGUUAGAGA